ACAGCUUAACACAUGUGUUGGUCACUCAGAGCUUCAUUGUUCUUUUCCCUCCUUGGAGGAUUGAUGACUUUGGAUCAAAUUAGAAGAACACUUGCUAUUCGAAAGGAAUGGAGAGCAAGAAGUAUCUCCCAAGUAUUGAUGUAUCUUUCAUAUACAUCGAUGGAGUUUUUACAAUUUUUGCAAUAUUAUUACGGUCUUGAAGGUACUUGUGGCACCACGUCGAAUUUUACGUUGUCGAUUGUUGCUCACUUUCUAAUUUGGACUCAACCAAUUGCACACAAUUAUUGGUGUCUUAAAAAUACAGCCAAGGGAAGAAGUACUUUCAGAUAUGCCUUGGGUUGUUCAUUUGCUACAUUGAUUAUUGCCACUAUCAGUUUGGUAAUGGGUUAUUUCCAAGUUGGUGGAUUUGGUACUGGAAUUGCUAAUGAUGGACCAGAAGGUGUUCCUGGUAAUAUUUUGGGAAUUGAAAUCCAAAAUGUUAAUACCAAGUUGUGUUCCAUGCAAGGACCUAAUCACUUGUAUUGGAUGUUUCCUUAUCAUCCAUUGUGGGGACAUGGCAUUUCAUGGUAUACUUGGUUGUUGGUUGCUGCAUUCCCUCAUUUCUUCAGAUAUUCUGUGAAAGAUAAUGAUUUCUUUGGAAAGAGUUGGAUUAUGGGAAGCGCUGUAGUUGGUGGUUGGUUAGCUGCUUUGGCUGUCACCUUGACAAUUGGUAAAUUCCAUGAAACACCUUCCUAUUGGUGUUUGAUUUCAGUUCCUUGUUUGGUAUUGCCUUACAUUGCUGCAUUCUUCAAACCUGAAAGAUUCAUUGUUCGUGAGGAAUUAUAUGUCAAGAACGGUACAAAAUCUCCAGAUUAUGAUGCAAAGAAAGUUGCCUAAAUUAAUUGUUCAAAAGAAAUGAUUAGAAUUGAUUCAUUCUCUAGCAGGGAUUUAUUGUAACAUGGGAUUCUACCUAGUAAUUGAAUUAGUGUGAGAUUUGGUAAUUUGAAACUCACUCAAAUAAUAUUUGAAUCAUUCGAACAGUUAUGAAAUUGAGUAAAUAGAUAAAGUUCUAUUUCUUAUC